AUGGAGGACGCGUCGGGGCGAAGUAUCUGCCAGUUCGACCUUGUAGCGUUCAAGUCCAGAGGCGGCGGCGCUCAUGGCGACCGCGGUCGGGUGAUGAACCCAAGGCCCGGCGAGGGCAACACGCUUUCCGUGCUGUGUCUGUGUGUCGACGGCAGCAAGGUUCGAGUAGAGCCCAGCAAGAUCACCGUCGUCGACCGGAGUUACCUUUACCCCGGCAUCGUCGUCGCCUCGGCAUCGGACCCCGGCGGCCAGCUCGGGGUCGUCACAGGCGUCGAGCGAGCGCUGGACCUGGUCCGGCUGGACGGCGAGAACAAUGCAGCGGCGCCGGUCGCCGGAGGCGUGUCCCCCGGCGAGCUGCGGCGCGUCAGGGCACUCAGCCUCGGCGACUACGUCGUGUCCGGCCCCUGGCUCGGCCGGGUCGUCGAAGUGUCCCUCGACGUCGACGUGGCGUUCGACGACGGCGCCGUCUGCAGGGUCGCAGACGCGUGCCGCAAACUGCGCUGCUUGCGCGGCGGGGACGGCCUGAGCCGCCUCAGGAACAGUGCUUUCUACCCAGGGCAGCUCGUCGUCGGCCACCGGUCUGUUUUCAGGGCAUCGCCGUGGCUCGAGGGCUACUGGAAGCCCAGCCGUGAGAGGGGCACCGUCGCCAAGGUGGAGAUGGCCGGCGUGCUCGUCUACUGGGUCGCCUCGUCUAGUACUACUACUGACAUCGAGGCGUCGGCGCCUCCAGCGUACCAGAGAAACCCUCAGAGUCUGACCUUCUUCUGCUCCUCGCCCAGCUGCUUCUGGACCAUCGGCGACCGCUGCUUCUUUCGCACCCCCGGCGGCCACCGCGCGCCGCCGGCAGAUGACAAGGAACAACUGACAAAGUCGAACCAGAGCCGGCCUGGGCGGAUGGCGAUGAAGCGGAUCCGACGAGGAGUGGACCGCAGCCACGCGGAGUUCGAGCGGCCGAUGUCCGUCGCCAGCACCCGCACGACGGCCGACGUGCUGUGGCAGGACGGGACGCGGCAGCGUGGCGUGGCGUCGACGUCCCUGCUUCCCUUCGGAUCUUUGAAGACGAUGGGCGACGACCUUUCAUGGGUCGGACAUGUCUCCGAUCUUUGUGAGGAUGGCCAUGUCCUAGUCAAGUGGGGUAAUGACAACACGACCAAGGUGUUGCCUCAUGAGAUAGCUGUUGUCAAACUACAAAUGGUUGGUGAGAUGCUCCGAGAGAUGGGGGAUUGGGUGUACGAUGACGGGGACAUGGACGACGACAAUAAUGCACGGGAGGAAACGGCCGCUCAAGAGCCCGCCGGCAUCACUGACGACGGCGCCAAUGGAGAAGGUGAUGACGACGAUUCCGACACCGAAGAUGGCCUCGUACCCCCUAAUAGGGCAACGGCGGGUUCAUUAUUCCUUCUGCAACGGGUCAUCCAGAUAGCUAGUGGAGUGCUUGCUCGCUGCAGGAAGCACAUAGUGAGGGAGCCGGCAGCGCUAGCACAAAGAUCCGCAUCUUGUACGGAUGGCAAUGGCGAUGAGGACGGUGGUGGUGGUGCUGCUGCUGCUGCGGCUGCAGCAUCGGCGAGUGGGAAUGGUGGUGGCGAUGGAGACGGCUCUGCUAGGCAAGGGGUGGACGAUUCGUUUCGUUUCCAGCAGUUUGACGUCAUGCAGAGCCCUCCGGAUCACCAUUACCUCGACAGCACAGAGCAGCGUAUCGGCGGAGGAAGGAAGUGGAUAAAGAGAGUGCACAAGGAAUGGAACAUUCUAGAGAACUGCUUACCUGACACCGUGUACGUGCGGGCGUACGAGGACCGCACGGACCUGCUACGGGUGGUGAUGGUGGGAGCGAGCGGGACGCCGUACUACGACGGCCUCUUCUUCUUCGACCUGCAGCUCCCGCCGUCGUACCCCGCCGCGCCGCCGUCGGUGAACUACCGGUCGUUCGGCCUCCGCGUGAACCCCAACCUGUAUCCCUCCGGCACCGUGUGCCUGAGCCUGCUCAACACAUUCGGCGGCCAAGGAGCCGAGCUCUGGUCCCCGGAGGCUUCCAGCGUCCUCCAGGUCGUCGUCUCCAUCCAGGGCCUCGUGCUCAACGCCCAGCCGUACUACAACGAGGCCGGCUACGAGACCCAGGUCGGCACGCUCGGUGGCGAGGCGCGCGCCGCAGAUCAGGGGAGGAGCUCGGCGGGGUUCAGGCUCGCUCUCGCCAGAGUGGUGCCCCGACUUGUGGAGGCGUUCGCCGCCAUCGGCGCCGAUGGAUGCGAGGAGUUCGAUCGGCUUCGGCUAUGA